GGGAGCUGCAAAUAAGUAUUUGAACACCUGUCUAUCAGCUAGGAUUCUGACCCUCAAAGACCUGUUAUUCCGCCUUUAAAAGUCCACCUCCAUUCCAUGUAUUAUCCUGAAUCAGAUGUACCUGUGUGAGAUCGUUAGCUGCAUAAAGACACCUGUCCACUCCAUAUAAUCAGUAAGACUCGAACUUGUAACAUGACCAAGGCCAAAAGCUGUCCAAAGACACCAGAGACAAAAAUGUACAACUCCACAUGGCUGGAAAGGGCUACGGAGAAAUUGCCAAGCAGCUUGGUUAAAAAAAGUUCACUGUUGGAGCAAUCAUUAGAAAAUGGAAGAUGCUAAACAUGAUGGUCAAUCUCAAUCGGAGUGGCUCCCCAUGCAAGUUAUCACCUCGUGGUCUCACUGAUCCUUAGAAAGGUGAGGAAUCACCCCAGGACUACACGAUAGAACUUGGUCAAUGACCUGAAAAGAACUGGGACCACCGUUUCCAAGGUGACUGUUGGUAAUACACCAAGACGUCAAAGUUUGAAAUCAUGCAUGGGACGGAAAGUUCCCCUGCUUAAACAAGCAUAUGUCAAGGCCCAUCUUAAGUUUGCCAAUGACCAUUUGGAUGAUACAGAGGAGUCAUAGGAGAAGGUUUUGUGGUCAGAUGAGACCAAAAUUGAACUUUUUGGUCAUAAUUCCACUAACUGUGUUUGGAGGAAGAUGAAUGAUGAGUUCCAUCCUAAGAACACCAUCCCUACUGUGAUACUACUGUGCUAGAAUCAUGCUUUGGGGGUGUUUUUCCUGCGCAUGGGACAGGACGACAUGGGAGACGAUGACUGCGGCCCUGUAUUGUGAGAUUUUGGGGAAGAACCUCUUUCCCUCAGUCAGAGCAUUGAAGAUGGGUCGUGGCUGGGUCUUUCAACAUGACAAUAACCCGAAGCACACACCCAGGAAAACCAAGGAGUGGCUCCGUAAGAAGCAUAUCAAGGUUCUGCCGUGGCCUAGCCAGUCUCCAGACCUAAACCCAAUAGAAAAUCUUUGGAGGGAGCUGAAACUCCGUGUUUUUCAGUGACAGCCCAGAAAUCUGUCUGAUCCAGAGAAGAUCUGUGUGGAGGAGUGGGCCAAAAUCCCUUCUGUAGUAUGUGCAAACCUGGUGAACAACUACAGGAAACGUUUGACCUCUGUAAUUGCAAACAAAGGUUACUGUACCAAAUAUUAACAUUGGUUUUCUCAGGUGUUCAACUACUUAUUUGCAGCUGUAUCACACAAAUAAAUGGUUAAAAAAUCAUACAUUGUGAUUUCUGGAUUUUUCUUUUUAGAUUAUCUCUCUUACGGUGAACAAGUUCCUAUAAUGAAAAUAUCACACCCCUCCAUGAUUCCUAAGUGGGAGAGUUUGCAAUAUAGCAGGGUGUUCAAAUACUCAUUUUCUUCACUGUAUCUAGUAGAUGUGUCCACAGUUUGCAGUUCUGAGGUUGGGGCUCAAAUCCAGGUUUCAUCUUUUCUCUGCUUCUUCCCAUGUACUGUAUGUUCCAAAAACAUGCAUAUUGUCCAAAUGCCACAUGUUCAAGGUGGAUCAGCUGGGAAAGGCUCCAACUCAAAGGUAACCCGGUGAUGCCAGAUAGCGUGAUACAAAUGUAACAAGAGUUUAUACAAAAUGUGUCACAUUUUGUGAAAGUAGACACGUUACAGUUAUUCCACCAUCCUUCCAUCCAUCCAUCCAUCCAUCCAUCCAUCCAUCCAUCCAUCCAUCCAUCCAUCCAUCCAUCUUCUACCUCUUAUCUGGGGUUGGGUCGCAGGGGCAGUAGCUUUUGCAGGACACCCAGACCUCCCUCACCCCAGCCACUUCAUCCAGCUCUUCCAGGGUGAUUCCGAGGAAUUCCCAGACCAGCCGAGAGAUGUAUUCUCUCCAGCAUGACCUGGGUCAUCCCCUGGGUCUCAUUCCAGUGAGACGUCCCCAGAACACCUCACCAGGGAUGCAUCCGAAUCAGAUGCCCCAGCCCUCUCAAUGUGGAGAAGCAGCGGCUCGACACUGAGCCCCUCCUAGAUGAAGGAGCUUCUCACAAUAUCUCUAAGGGAGAGCCCAGACACCAUGUGGAGGAAACUCAUUUUGCCUUCUUAUAUAUGAGAUCUUAUUCUUUCAGUCAUUAUCCACAGCUCGUGACCAUAGGUGAGGGUAGGAGUAAUUGAGAGCUUCACUCUGCACAAGCAAGUCCGGGACUGAACCCGGGACCUCAGAACUCUGCAGACUGGUGACGUAAGAUGGAAGCCGCAUACAAAGAACUUUAUCAGGAGUUUGUCCGCCUGAGAUCUCUUUGUCUUAGGCAGGCGGCUCUGUUACAUCGACUUAUGACCACCCUGCAGGAAGCCAAAGGUGCUUCCAAUGGAGACUUGACUGGCAAUUGUAUCCAAGAAAUCCCAGUGCAUUUCCAGGGAAACACAAUAAGCACCCACAACCCCGCAGCACCGUCUGACUUGUAUGCAUUCCUUCCAAAUGAGAACACAACUCAUCUCCUGGCUGAAGAUAUGUCCAAGCUCAGCAUGAAGCUGUCUUAUGGCAAAGCACAACAAAAGAUGUCAUUAGGACAGGACUCUUUAACAAAUAAAUUUCCCUGUGAUGCUCCCAGUGAACGUGGGAGCCACCACCAGAAGUCAACGAAGAUGUCUCAGUCAGACCGGCAGUUGCUUGGCUUCGACCUCCCGAGUCUUCCAGGCAGAUUGUUGAUGUCCGAUGUAACGCUGCAAUCUAACGUGUGCGACUUUUGCCAAGCCGUUUUUCCUGGAUACACAACGACCAAGGGGGAGUUCCUGCAACAUCUCCACAACCACAUCACUUAGUUGCCAUCGCCACGGACACGGCACGAAAGACGACCUUGGGUUUCCCAAUUCCCAAUUCAAUCUGCACACGUGUGAUUUAUCCAAAGCAUCGUAAAUAGAUUCAUAAAAACAGAGAAUUAUUACAUUUAUAAGGGCAAAAUCAAUCAUUGCUUUCAUGAAGCCUGAAUUAAGUAUAUAUGAUAACAUUCUUAACUGCCAUAUACUGGAAGUGUCAGGAGGAGUUGAUUAUGAUCAAAUAAAAGUAAAAUACAGCAAAACUACACAGCAACUGAAUAACUCUGACGGACACGGACUCAAUAGAGUGGGAACAUGAAGGUGUCUGUACAGCGAUGCUGUCACCCUCUGCUCUUUUAAAGAUAUUGCAACUGUUGGCAGGCGAAAUUAGAACAUCUUCAAGACUUUGUGCCUGCUUCGGGAAUUUACACUCAACACUGAUGCUUAUGAAAGUUAAAAAAAACAUUAUCUAUCUAUCUAUCUAUCUAUCUAUCUAUCUAUCUAUCUAUCUAUCUAUCUAUCUAUCUAUCUAUCUAUCUAUCUAUCUAUCUAUCUAUCUAUCUAUCUAUCUAUCUAUCUAUCUAUCUAUCUAUCUAUCUAUCUAUCUAUCUAUCUAUCUAUCUAUCUAUCUAUCUAUCUAUCUAUCUAUCUAUAUCUUUGUGCAUUAAAUAUGUGCUGAUUUGUAAGAUUAUAUUUAAGAUCAUCAGGUCAUUUUCAUUCUAAUUUUUGCCCGUUAUUCUUUCCACGACACACAAUCUCAAAAUAUAUAUACACUGUACAUAAAACCCUACAUACUUUGCAUAUUACUACGUGUAAACAGCAUUAACCAAAAUGAAAAAAGAAAAAGUUGCUACACAAUUUUGGUUGUUGAUCAAUCAUUGAAGCAAAAGUUGUAGUGAUAUAAUAAUAAUGAUGAUGAUAAUGAUAAUAACAAUCUUAUUAAUUUACUUUGUGUGAAUUCUGAACUUGUUUAGUUGAAAACAAAUCUAUUAUUCUGUUGUAUGAAUGGCAACAGAUGGAUACACAGGUAAAUUGCACCUUGCGCUAUCUUGUGGAAGUGCAUUUAAUUGUUCUGCCCCCACUUUACUAUAUUUCACAUAGACAAACGAACGAUGGAUCUAUCAAAGCUGCGUUUGGGAAUCACUGCGGUGAUGAAUCCUUUGCCUAAUGUAUUGGACUGAACAGAAUCUCACAGUGUGCUUUAAGAUUCAAAUGUUUUUAAGACUCAAACAGCAAUGAGCACCUCUAGGUUAUUGGAAUAGCAACACGAUUAAGAAAAACAAAACAAAACAAAACAAAACAAAACUGCGUGUGAUGGCGAUCUAGUUUUCACUGGUCAUCUGUCAGCUGCUCGGUGCUGCGUUGCUACGGAGGGAACACCAAGGCUAAGAAUAGCCUUCACAAAUGAAGGCGCUAAUUAACACUGCUGACAGCUGAUUGAUGACAACGUCUUCAUCUGCCUUCAUUCGCUUGCUCUCUUUCUUCUCAUAAUCGGAAAAUAAUUCAAUUUGGAUAUGACUGUCUUGUAUUGAAACAGAUUUAUUCAUUCAUUCUUUUUCAGAGCCGCUUAUCCUCAUGAGGGACGCAGGAGUGAUGGAGCCUAGCCCAGCUUUCAACGUGCAGGAGGCGGGGUAAACCCAGAACUGGUUGUCAGCCAAUCGCAGAGCUGAAAUAGAUUUGCUGUAUUUAAAUUCAUAUCGACUGUAUCUUAGUGAGUAGCACGUCUGCCUCAGAUUUCUGAAGUUCCUUAUCGGAAUAACAGCUUUUGGCUUCCCGUAAAUUCAAGACUAAAAAUUGUCAAUCAGUGUGAACAUUUGUUGGUAAUUUUGGGCGUUUUCACACACGGUGACGCCAUAACUUGCACAACCGCCAUAAUUGUCGUAUCAAAAAAGAACUGGAUGUGAUGUACACACGAAAACGUGGAUGGAAAGGAGAAACGUUCAAGAACUUUUGCAGGUACACUAAAACACUUUUACGUGUUGAUGUGGCUUGAAUCUGUUUUAAAGUGAAUUUUAAAAAAAAUCAAAAGAAAAUCACAGGUCAUGACAAAAGCCACAGUUAUAGUAUAUGAUAUUCAUAUACUUGUUUAAUAAUGUUGACAUCAGUGAGUCACCUUGAUAUUUGAUUUAUUCUAGAACUUUAGCUAUGUUAGUUGUUUAUGUAGUGAAGUAAUGCAGAUUUAGAGAGUUGGCGUGAUAUUAGCUGUUCGCAAUUUAUUGGCGGCUCCUUUAGAAUAGCAUGCAGUAGAAUACGAGGAUGCUUCUGGAAAAGUAUAGAGAAGGUCAGAAGGAGCUACAUGGUGUUUUUCUAGACCUAGAGAACGUGUGGCGGAGAAAUAUGUUAGAAUAGUACAGGACAAGUAUGAGGACAGCAGAACAGCAAUGAGAUAUGCCGUAGGUGUGUCAGAAGAAUUUAAGGUGGAGGAGGGACUCCAUCGGGGAUCCACACUGAGCCCCGUCCUGUUUGUGGUAGUAAUAGAUAGCCUGACAGAUGAGGUUAGAAUGGUAUCCCCUUGAACCAUGAUGUUUGUAGAUGAUAUUGUGAUAUGCAGUAAAACCAUGGAGCAGGUGGAGGAAAAAAGAUGGAGGCAUGCACUGGAAAGGAGAGGAAUGAACAUUAGCCAAAGUAUAACAGAAUAUAUGUGCGUGAAUGAGAGUUGCGGAGGAGAAGGAGUGAAGCUCCAGGGAGAAAAGAUAGCGAGAGUGGACGACUUCAAGUACUUGGGGUCAACAAUACAGAGCAAUGGUGAGUGUGGUAAGGAAGUAGAGAAACAGGUCCAAGCCGGAUGGAACAGUUGGCGGAAGUCGUCUGGUGUUCUAUGUGACAGAAGAGUCUCCGCUAGGAUGAAGAGCAAAGUUUAUAAAACAGUGGUGCGGCUAGCCAUGAUGUACGGAUUAGAGACGGUGGCACUGAAGAAACAACAGGAAGCGGAACUGGAGGUGGCACAAAUGAAGAUGUUGAGGUUCUCACUUGGACUGAACAGGUUGGAUAGGAUGAGAAAUUAGCUCAUUAGAGGGACAGCCAAAGUUAGAUGUUUUGGUGACAAGGUUAGAAAGAGCAGACUUCGAUGGUUUGGACAUGUUCAGAGGCGGGAGGGUGAGUGUUUUGGUAGAUGGGUGUUGAGGAUGGAGCUGCCAGGCAAAAGAGCGAGAGGAAGACCAAAGAAAAGGUUGAUUGUUGUUGAUGUUGAGGGAAUUCAUGAGGACAGUGGGUGUUAGAGAGGAAGAUGCACGAGAUAGGCUUAGAUGGAAAAAGAUGACAUGCUGUGGCGACCCCUCACGGGACAAGCUGAAAAAGUAAAGAAGAAAAAGAAUAUGCAUAACAUGGUAGUUUGCUGCCUUUGUGUGUGGAGUUUGAAAAUCCUCCCCAUAUUUGCGUGUAUUUUCUUUGGGUACUCUUGCUUCCUCCCCCUUUCCGAAAUAGACGUUAACGUUCAAUUAAGACUCCAAAAUGCCCAUGCAUGAGAAUGUGAGUAUGAAUAUAUGUUUGUCUAUACAGCACGCGGCCUGUGAUUAGCUGGCGACCAGUCCAGGGUUUACCCCACCCUUCACUCAAAAGUCAACUCGGAUAGGCGGCAUCUCCCUUGCAACCUUAAUCAGAACAAACGGUGGAAAAUUUUUUAUUCAUGAACAGAUGGAAAAUUAAUCAAAUUUGUUUGACAGAAAAGAACGUUUAAAUGUGACUUUAAAAAAGGUACGGUAAAGUUACUAAACGGAUUUUGCAUCGGAUUAUUUUAUUUUGUCAACAGAACUACAGUCCUAAUCUAAGUUUUCCACAUAUGCUACUGUGUGUGUUGAAAGGAUGUCUCCAUCCAUCAAGCGUGUGAGUUAUGGUGUUAUCGUCAUGAGUCACAGUUUGCAGGAGAGCAACGGCACAGCAAGGAGGAUGACAGCAGAGGUGUUGCAGCUGCUUUGUCGCAACUCCUGCAACAGGCCAAGUUAUAGAAAUGAAAAUUCUGCCUUUGUGUGCCUGAACGCAGACACAAAGGCUAAUAAAAAAAAAAAAAUGUGGCAAGGGCUUUGAGUCAUAACAAGUCAUUCAUCUCCAUGUCAAAAUCUGUAUUGAUAUAUUUUAAAACUAUAAAAUCUCACCUUCAAUCUUAGUUCAAAACGUGUUAGCGUGUAAUAUUGUUCUGAUGAGGCAUAUUCUGCACAACACAACAAAUAUACAUUCUGUAUAUAAAUGAAAGUUAACUCAUCAAACGCAAUUUCAACGCCAAAAAACUAACUUGUUUAUGAGUUGAGUUGAAAAGAUUAAAACUGUAUAAAAGAUAAAUAAAAAAAAUCAAGAGAACAACUACAGUAUGACAAAAGCAUAUCAUGUGUAUAUACAAAUAAUAAUAAUAAUAAAUCAAGAUCAAAUCUGUUUAUAUAUUGCAUUUUAUGUCUGACAGGAGACGUGUGAACAUUACUUAUGUAUUUUUCUCCAUGAGUUUUUUCUGAAAAUGAAGACCAGCAAAUUCUUCUUCUUCUAUAUUUGUAAAUAAAACUUUUUUUCUUGCAGUGAUUGAAAAGGGG